AUGGCUGGCAACGUGCAGCCUGCUAGUUCUGUACAAGAAAUCGUCAACGCGGUCAUCAACAACUUGAGCAACUUGCCGCGACAAGAAAAUGCAGUUCAAACCGCAGCAUCAAAUGCUGACACUAGAAACAAGGUAUCAGUGACUUCUGAACUGAACCGGGCCUUCCGAAUACCACGUGCAUCCACAAGCGCCACUGUGCAAGCGAUUUUGCCGUCGACAGUGGCAUCUAUCAGGGCUGCUGCGAAUAACUUUUCAGCGACUUCAAAUUACGGAAGGACCGUAAGAGAUUCAGGAAGACGAGGGAGAUCACGGUCCUACAAUGGGCGAUUUCAGCCAUACCGCCCUCAGAGAAACCAAAGAUUAACACGGGAUGCGGCUGAACCAAGUGUGUUUUACAAAGACAUCUGUCUUCUCGAUUGUCCUGAAUGGGAGAAGGUUCCGCGUGGGGAAGUAAAGGCAGAUUUGAUCCGAAAAAACCUCUACAUAGAUGCGUGGCCAAUGGUUAAAGAUUCGAGUGCGGCAACUUUGAGGCAGGAGAUAGAGAAUCUUUUUGAAUGUGUUCUAAAAAACUCAAGUGGUAAUAGUGUGAGGUGAGCAUUAAGACUUAAAUAAUAAUACAUGUAAUAAUAAUAAUAAUAAAAAUAAAAUGUGUGUAUUUUUUAUAAUAAUAAUAACAAUAAGAAUAAUAAUCAUAAUAAUAAAGAUUUAAAAUAAAUGGUGAAGAAAUAUUUUGCUGCAAACAGAGUGCUUUUUUUAAAAAACUGAGGUAUUCUAGUGAUGUUCCAAUGGAAAUAUCAAAUACCACAAUCAGAUAGUCUGUGUGUACAAUAAAUGCUUGUUGAAAUAAUAGGUAAUAUUCAUUGUUGUUUUAAAAUGCCCAGUUAGAUGUACUAGUGCGAGACGGCAGAGUAUUAUUUUGAAUUUAACACCACACCCAUCCUAUCGCCAUUAAUUUCUCUAACAAAUACCACUGGUAAACAAGGGUGUUUGUUGGGAAUAUGUUUAUUUUUACAUGUAAGUGGAUUGUAACCUUGAAUUUUUGUUAUAUUUAGCUUUGAGUUUGUGAAGAGCAUUGGUUCAAAUAUUUUACCCAUAAAACUACAGGAAGGCCAAGAGCUUAAUGCCAAAGCACUAAAGCAUAUUUCAGGAACAAGUCCAAUCUAUGUCAGAGUAUUGGAGGAAAUCAAAGGCAGAGAGGAAGUAAGCAUGGCAACAAUGUUAAAGUGCCACUGCGACGAAAAUCGUAUCUCUUUAAACUAACAUUUUUGGGCUCGAAGUUAGUGUUUAGACUUAAAACUUCAAGAAAAAAUGUGAUUCAGACCAACCUAACGAAGAAGGUUCCUUAAAAAGGCUGUCCGAAAGUGCGUAAAAUUGGUCCGCCAUUACAAAAACAACAACUAUUCGAGCCGACGAAUUGAGUUCAGCGGCUUUGCUCUUGUGACGUCACGUUAUCCCCAAAAUAUUCUGACAUCGCUACAAAGCCGACCAAAAGCUAUACUAGCUAGUUGUUAUGUUGUCUGCCUCGUCUUCUUCUUCCAUUUCUUCGGAAGACCGAUCCGGUUCAAGUUCUGACGAAAACAGCGAAAUUUUAGACGACGAUGGAACAGCUUUCGUCCCGUAUGAUGAGGAACUGGAGCCAGUCGCGACCGAGGAAGAGGCUGCUGCAUACACGCUAAGUGUGGCUAAUGAGGAAGAAUGGGAGCUCGUGCUUCAAAGGCGCUUUACUGGCGAAUUAGAAGUCGGCACAUGGUAGGCACGACUCAGAUUGUAUUUCUAAGCAGUUCUUUUUCAUUUUAAAUCUUUUGUGUUAUGGUGGAAUUCGCCCAUAAAUUCGAAUUUGUUUCAUAAUUUCGAUUGCGUGUUUCUAAUACUGAACGGAGAACGCGUUAUUUUUGUUUUGUAGGUGCACUUGUUGGAACUGUUCGGUCGACAUAGCCACCAAGAAGGAAGAAUGCAUUUGUUGCAAGGAAAUAGAUCGUGCGGGGGAAGUGAUGGAAAAUAUAGAACGGGCAGGUGAUUGUAUCACUUUGCAUCCCGGGUUUCAGGAUGUUUGCCUAAACCGAUGGGUUCUUGAAGUGGCAUCACUUAACCUGAAGACCAAAGCUGGAAAAAGUUACCGGGCUAUUUUCAAUCAAGGUCGUAAAACGGAAUCAGAGUGAGUUAAUCAUUCCAUGAUUUUUUUUUCUGUUGUUCUUAUUGUUCACCUGGGUGUCUCAUAAGUGAAAGUGAGCAAUUUACUUAUUACUUUUGUAAAAUAAUAAGGUUAAGUUAUACUCAAAGCCCCGUUUAUCAACAAAUAAACGCUUACAGUUAUAUUUCAUUAUUAUUUCUACUACAGUUUAUUGCAUCCCAGUCUAUUUAUUAUACAGAAUGCUCAAAAACUUCUAUUGUCAGCCAAAAACUCAUAUUAUUGUAUUUUAAUCGAAGAAAAACCAUGCAUGAUGAAAUAACAGCCUAAACAAAUAAGCUGCCACAAGUGACAAAAAACUCCACCAGUCCAGCGUAUGAAACUGUACAUAACUUUCUCAUUAUUUUUUUAUAGGUUUCUUCCAUCAGUGUCGUACAGACAAUUUACUCGACUUCUUUGGGAGUUUACGGGAAGUUCCAAGCGUCAUCCACUGCCAUGUUGUGCUUACAAAGUAAUAAGGACAGCCUUUCUGAGUGAAGAUGGCCAGUAUCAUGGCUUUGAAGAUGACGAAUCAUAGAUAGUGUUCAUUAUCAUUAUUCUGUAUAUUUUGUUUUCAUACAUUAUGUGAACCAUCCUUUCAAGACUUGUGAUUUGCAAAGUGAUUAAUAUGAGCAGUACAGAGCCUGUUAUAUUUUAGCUUCCUUUUCUCCAAAAAUGAAAAUAAUAACAAUGAUGUGUACCAUGAAUAUUUAGGUCAUUUAUCUCAGAACAGUACAGUGUCAUCAAAAAUAAAUGAUUAUCAGGUUUUUCUUUGUAACUUCAGUAGCAUUUAAUCAUUUUGUGAAGCAGUGCAUGUGUGUCCUCUUCUUGGCUGUCCACAUUUUCUGCAUAGCUGUGCUCUCCAUCUUCUUCUGCUUGUAUUUGUUCUUGACAUUGGUCUUGACUGGUCACUUUCCUCUAACAAGGUUUGCAGUUCAGCUUCUGUAGAUAAUCAGGUGAAAGUCAAGUAAACUUACAACUGAAAGAAAACAAUUCUUUUUCAUACAGAUUACUAUAAAAAAUAUUGCUUCUGAAAACCUGUUUCCCAGCUUCAAAUUCAGUAGAAUGUUUGAGUGUUUGGAUGAAAAUGUUGAUGAAAAACCUAGAGUGGGUAUUGCAUUGCCAAGACAUUUUACCUGAACAUGUUGGAGGACAAAUCACUGUUUCCUUGUUUUUUCUUUCAUUGUGUUUCCGUAUUGCAUCAUCUUUGGAUUGCUUCUCAAGCAUUGAGUGCAUAGGGUCUGGAACCACCUGUUUUAGCUCUUCUUCUAUCAGUUGGAGGUUCCGUCGUGGACUUGUUAUUAGAGAUUCAUAAAUCUCCGCCACAUACUCUAAGGAGAAAGGCAGUUACAAAAGUUCUUCACGGAAGUACUUUGCAUAAUGACUUCACAAGCUAAAGUAAGUUCACGUUUUGACUAACUGUGAUUAUUAGAAUCUACAUUUUACUCUCUCUAGAAAGGAACUGUGGAUUACAAGACAUCAUAAGUAGUAGCUUAUUAGCAUAGCUAAAUUAAAUUGCUGAAUAUUUUCUGACAGCAGCUAACCUGUCUGCAGACAUGAUAAUACCAGGAAACCUGUUGAUGCACACCUGUACAUGUAGAUAUUUGAUUUUGAGAAUAGACAUCAUUUUAAAGUUGUCCAACUUGGAAACUUACAGGUACUUUGCUACAAUGGUCCUUAUCAAAGACUUACCAUAAUUAGGAGCUACCCUGACUUCCCUGACUGUUGCUUCUCCUUCCUUGUACUUUGGGUAUGAGAUGUGAAGGCGUGGUUGGCCCUGGUCAUCCACCUUUGUCUCUCUUCUGAGGUUGUAAUUAAAAUGAAGGGCAGCCAGUACUGAUCUUAAAAAAAAGAAAAGGAAGAGAGAAAGGUACAAAGUAAUCAGAAUGUAUUAAAUUAUGUGACAAGUUCUACCAGUUUUGCAAACUGCCUAUAUCUAUCAAAAAAGGCAUCCCAGCAUCCCAGUGCCUUUCCUCAUACUUUUUGAAUUUUGUUUGCUUUUUCAAGAUUAACUUUAGUGUUGCUAUGUUUAAAUACAUAAGCCUUCAAUUUCACGUACCUACAAAGCAUUCCCAGGUAUGAGUAGGCCAGCAUCUUUGGGGCAAAUUGGUUGACUACUGAAUGAUACCCUUCCAGGCAGCUUGUUUGCUCAACUGAGGAAGCUUUUUCUAUUCCUUUAGUAAGGCUGCUUUUCGUAAGGGCGGUAUACAGCUUUUCAUAUGCCUCUGACACUAGUAUGAAUGAAAGCAAUACAGUGGAAAUGUUUCUCAUAUUGUGGUUUUUAGAUGAAAUUUAUAAAUCAGGUGGUCACUAGUUGUAAAUUUUUUUUUUAUUAUUUAGUGUAAAAAAGAAAAAGGACAGUGAUAUUUCAUAUUUUUCAUUUUUUUUUCAAUUGUUGACAGUUUCUAGUUGCAUUUGAGCAGAUGGGGCUGAAAUUCUUGAACAUGACCGAAAAUAGCUCAACCAAGCUUUGCAAUGUUACAGUUAUGUAGUCCUAUAUCCAAGACAUUUGGUCAACAUAAUAAGAUCAACAUAGAGUGCGGCAGCAAGUGAGGCUUUUGUACCUUUAGACAUCCAUACUUUUGGUGUGAUGACUUCACCGUGAGCACAAGCAUUGAAGAGCCUAUUAGGAAGGUUCUUGUGUUUGUUGAUGACAUGACUGAGGAAUGCUUGGAACUUUGCAACCUUGACCUUUCCAAGACUUUCUUGAGUGGAGGUCACUGCCCAGUAAAAAUGUCUAACACAGGCCUUCCUCCAGCGGCCAAUGAUCUCACAAUUUUUUUCCUUGCUCAGUUUUGUUAGAACUUUUUGGAUUUCUGUGAAAAUAGCAAAACAAUUCAACAUUAAGUGCUUUUCUACAAUAUACAUGUACAAUAAAUUUGAUCAAGGCACAGAGAAGCAGAGACAUUGUCUCCUCUGAUAAUAAGAGUACUAUUUCACUACAGAUUCUAGGUCAUAGGUUUUUUACACUGUGCCCUAGGGCAAGGUACGACAAUAACUAUAAUAAAAAGAAGUAAUGGUAAUAUUGAUAUAUGUAUAUGAUUACAUACGAUGAAAACAUAUUAGGUUACUUAUUGUUUUUGCAUACUUUUCCCAAUGUGCCAAAGAUCAAAAAAAUGAUUGAUAACUGGCUUGCCAAGUUCAGCACACUUCUUGCCACAUUCUUCUCUCAUCCACUUAGCAAUGGAAGCAUGGCAGUCAGAGAUAAAUGACUUGACAAUCAUGCCUGUGGCUAGAAUAUAUGUCAUGGCUUCCUUGAAGGCCAUAAACUCGAUACCAGAACUGCUUCCUGCCUGAUUAGCCUAGAAAAUACAAGACAGACGGAUGUUUUGUUAUAAAUGUGAUUUUUUUUCCAGUUCAAGCAUUCAGAUUUUGUCUUUUGACCACAUUUCUUUAACAUGGCCUUGCUUUUCUGAUUCUGCAGUUCAUAGAUAUUUAUAAUAAUUAUUGAAAUUAAAUUUACCCUUGCUUUGGGUUUGGUGUUACUACAUGACUGUAUGAUUUUUAUGAGGUUUUUUUCACUUGCCUGUAAUAAAACAAUAUGAAUAAUAAGGCCAACAGUACAACAAAAUAUAGUAUAAGUGCCAUAUUUUGCUGAGUGGCCCAUGCUGUCGUGGCGUCCAUCUCCUGCUAAAACUACUUCUUUUCCUUUCAGGGAAUCCAGCAGUUUUGUUUGGUAUUUACGCCAGAAUGAGAUGAUAGUGGGAAUGAGGAGAUGCCGCUGAUGGUAGUAGUAGGUGGGCUCAUUGUAGACAAGUACUUCCAUGUGCCGAAACACUGUCAACAUUUUCUUUAUUGAUGCUCCAGCACAAAGAGUUGCAAAGCUGAGGAGAAGGUUGCCUGCUGGAAAUUUGCCCAUAAGGAAUGGCUGGCUUUCCCAGGUAAAUAUCUCUUGACAACUGCUGCAUUUGGCUUUAAUGGUCAAUAGAGUUCCUGUUUGUGUGCAAACAGUUUCUGGGUUGGGAGUAAGACAAUAAUGGCAGUACUGAAACAGUAGUAAUAGCUUGGAUAAAAAAACAAUGCCUUUAGGCUCCUCACGCUUGUUCUUUCCUGCGUAGUUCAGCCUGUUGUGUGAUAAAUAAUAAUAGUAAUUUUAGAAAUGAGUCAGAUAUUUCCCAUUUUUCAUCCAAUGUCAAGUCAUGGAAGAUGCAUUUGAAGUCAUACAAAGAAAUAAUCAGUGUAUCGUACUCUCUCUUAAAAUACUAAUACAUGUAUAUCUCCAGGACAACACAUUUAAUGGUGUUGCUGUGGUGGAUGUGCCUUUUUUAGGAAGGGAGAGGGGGGAAGAAAGGCUUUUUCUCCCUUUUUUACUUCGCAAAUAAUGAGAUUUUUAUUCAAGACAAGAUGGACCACACUUGCAUGCGCAUGUCUACAUUAACUAGUAAGUUAUGGUACAUCCUAUACAGUACCUAGGCUUUGCUGUUUGGCUGUCAUUCGCAUUAUCGUCUCCUAAUUCUUGAUAGACUUCAUCUAAUUUUUCAGGCGUCCAGUCAGGAUCAUCAUCAUUCUCAGGCUCUUCAUUGUCAUCAUCGUCAUCACUAAUCUCUGUAAAGUCAUCUACACUGUUAUUCUGGUCACCAAACACAGUGGAAUUAGCAUUGUGAGCUUGUGCUGUGUUAUCUAGAGAAAAGGAAUCAGUAUGGCUUAGAUUAUCUAUAUUUGUAGCCUAUCAACGACAAAUAGAUUAUUUAUCUGAUGGAAUAGUUUCUGUAAUUUGUACUAAAUUUGAAAAAAAAUUGGAUGUUGUUUGAAAACCAAGGUUUGACUGCCUUUUUACUAAUAUACAUGGAGUAUCCAUCAAAGAUAAACAGCACAAAUGAGAAUAACUGCAAAGUCUUGUAUAGCCCACAAUUUGGAAAACUCCCCCCAACCCAACACAAAUUCAGAACACUCACCACAAUCUGACUCUAAAUGAUCUUUAGAUGCAUUUAAGUGGAUCUCCUGCAAAGUCUCCACCCACUGCUUUUGAUUGUUUGCGAGCUUGUUAGUCAGUCUGGUGACUUUAAAUCGUAAUACUUUGAUCUCUUUUUUGAGUUCUUUAUUCUCUGUAGAGAGGUCUUGACGAGUGCUGCAUUCACCUUGAUUUUCAUGUGCCUAUCAAUAAGUUGAAAAUUCGGCUUUUAAUAUCUUUACAUGUAAAAAACUGUCACUUUAAAUGGCUUAUGUAUUGGCCCCAGUCAACAUAUUUAGUAUACUGUGGUAAUCUAAAAUUAUUACUUUUUUGGCUGUAUAUGAGUCUACAAUGACGUGGCCAAAAGGGCAUCAGAGUGAAACAUUUGUGGGAGUUCUAAAAAAUGUUUUUCUUUUCAAUUGCUGUUGCAGUUGCCCGCUGUGUUUUAAAAACCAUAACUUCCUUUUGGAGGUUUGUGGGUUUCUUUGUGACUUAUUGUGCAUGACAGUAAAAAUGAAGUACAGCAGUUUGAAGAUACUUUGAAGAAAGUCAAAGUGGACUAACAUUCAAUAAAAAAAUAAUGUUGCUUGCUUCCUGUUUAUGAUACUUACAGUUGGGGUUAUUGGUGUUGAUGCAGCAGCAGGUAGAAAUUGUGAUGAGACAUGGUCCUACAAUAUUGUUAGAAGAACAAAAGUCAAAUUCUCAUAACAAUAGAUGUAAUAAUUAUUAUAAUGAAGGUAAUAUGGUACUGUUACACGUUUUCUUUGAAAUAAAAGAAAUCCCUUACCAUCGAGCUUGAUGAGCACAGUGAGUUACUUGUAUCCAUAUCUGCAUGCACUGAACCUUCUAUUGGAGUUGUUUCAGUAGUUUGUUCAACCUAAGAAUAAGUAUAAUUUUUGAUAAGAAUGUAAGAAGCAUGCCAUUUUUUAAGCAAAGCAAGUGGAAGUCUGCCCGGAAAUACCUGCAUUGAGUUUGAUGAUGAAAGGGGAUCGUUUACUGCAUACUCCUCAACCUCUUCUUCCAUUUCUUCAAUUUCAUUACUGUCCGGCUCCCUCUCCAGCUUCAUAAGAAAAACAAAGAAGCUAUAUCUAAUUUACCUUUUUUUAUGAAUGGUGGCCAAUACCCUCUUCUUUGUAUUCAGAGUUAACUUAGCAGAAAAAUAUAAACAAAUUUUAACUCCAACAUAUAGGCCAGUAGCUCUAAUGGAUUUAUACAAAAUAAUAACAAACCGACUGCAGUUUAUGUGAGAGGCUAUAAAGUCACCAUUGUGAGAUGCCAAAAAAAAAAAAGGCUCGUAGCUGGACAUACCUGCACCGCAGAUUCCCCACUUGCGGGUAAAUCAACCUCUUCAUCUUCUUCAAGUUCUUGCGAGGUGACCACGUUGCUAGCUUCGUGCACGGCUAGGAUAUGUUUCAUUGCCUACAAACCAGAAUUUAGUUUGCAGUAAAAAAAAAAAAAAAAAGAAGGUGUAAAGAUAUUGAUUGGCAAAUCCAUAAUUUUAUUUUUUAACGAUCUUACAGUUCAGCAUCAAUAAAUGAUCUUGGAGUCUCAAAGAACCAAAAAAUAUUAUUCGUUUUACGAGUUGAAAGCCUGCAGCGAAGGCAACCAAAACACUGUAUAAGUGACUUAUUCAUUUUCGCUCGAACGCGCGAAACACGACAAAACCACUAUUGGGCUUUCAGUUCUUGUCAUAUCUGUUCAUUACUCAGUGUGCAUGUAGUUUACGCCUGUGUUUUAGAAAAAAACCCUUUUGCCCUUUCUUAUGCCGGCUUGAAGCUGAAAUACCGCUAUCCCAGGAAGUGUACGUGUGAACAAGGAUCAAAGGUCUACAAUGUCUUAUUACUUACCAUACGCCGGUCUCUCGCUGACAUGGCACUGGAAUUGCCCGCUUCACCUAACUUCCAAAUCGUUGGAAUGGCUCCGGCAAGUGUAACUCUCGGAGCGCCAGGUACAUGAACUGCCCGCUCGAAGCAAUCGGCAGUGAAAUGAACUGAACAAAUCUUGAAGAGCCCUUUGGGGUUGAAGUUGGCACGAUGUGUUCGGACGAAGGCUUUCCAUUUCUGGCUUUCAAAGCUAGUCUUCGGCUUGUGCAAAGAAAUGCCUAAUUUAGGAUUCAACCUGUUGCUACAGUCUUGAACGACGCAGCGACAAGAAGGCAUCUUUCCGCGAUGAAAAUGAGCGAGAUCAGAAAGUCCCCUUUUUCUCGUGAAGAGAUCUCACUUUGCUAAUAUUCGCGCUCUAAUUUAAAGGAUACGAUGACGUAACGCUUGACCUCGAACCAAUCCCUCCCUUUCGCUCCGCCAUUUCUUGUUUCGGUAAUGGCGGACGUCCACCGGAGAAAAACAUGGCUCAAAAAGUCGGACUUCCAGUUGGAAUUACGGUCUCAAAUUUGGUAUGUGUAUUUAUUAGCUUUCAAACAUUGUAAAAAACGAAAAAAACAAAUGAUGCUUGAUUUGAUCACAGUAGCACUUUAAUAAAUAAUACAGUUCUAUAAAUAAGGCUAGAACCCUGCAUGCGCUCUGAUUGGUCGAAAACCUAUGUUUUAUCACAGUAUAAAACAUAGAAAAAGUGUGUUUUAUUGUUUCCACUGGUAAAAUCUCUAUCAUAAAGCAAAUAAAGAAACCUAAGCUGUGUAUUAGACUGUGAAUGAACACACUCCGGACAUUUGAGAACACUGCAGAAAUGUAGAAAACACUCGCCUUCGGCUUGUGUUUUCUACACUUCCUUUGUGUACUGUUCUCAAAUGCCUGUCGUAUUUAAUUAUCACAGUGUAAUACAUGGCUUAGGCUUCAUUUGUUAAAUAAAUAAUAAUUUACAUUGAUUUAAUUAAACCUUAGGAGUACUGUCCCAGUGUCACAAGAUAGAUUGAGCUCUUUGACCUACUUUAAAACGUUACUGUAGUGCUGACUUCUGAAGUCCUUACCUCAUCAAAGUAUGCUCUAAGAGAGAAACAAUAUUAUGGUCACUGAAAGUCUUAGCCUGGCAAAAGAGUACAGUCUGUAGUUUAUUCUUAUUUAAAUAAUUAUAUGAUACAUGUAAUGCUAAAAGUCAAGUGAAUGAGAAUGUUUCAGUUUAGGUUCUUACAUGUAUAAAUAUCAUGUUUUACUAGUAAUUGGAGAAAAGUCCAGUGAGCACAUCUUGUUGUCUUACGUAACUUAUGAUUUCCACGGAGCUAGGAAAAGCUGGGACAUGUUGAUGACAUAAACGUACCUUAUUAAAAGAAAUUGCCACACUUUGUAAGGCAGUAUCCAGGGGGUUAUAAUGUUUAUGAUUAUAAUGUUGGUUACAGCUUGAAGUUGAUUCUGAUGCAGACCUUGCUUGUGACAUAAGACAGUUUGUGGUACCUGCAUGUGGCAGAGAUUCAGCACCUUCAUCUGCUGUACUUGGCAACCUGGAAAGCAGUUCCUCUUUUACUGAUAAUCAUCAAAGGGAAAACACUUCUCCUCCUGGACAGCCAUUAAACAGUACCAUGAUCAAGCAACAGCUUGAAGCCAUGUUUCCUCAGGCUUCACAGGAAGCUAUAAUACAAGCUGUUUCCACUUCCCAGAGUGUAGCUGAGGCUAUAGACAAGCUAUUACUAUCUAGUUCUGGAUCAGUGAGGGUGAAUGGUAAGGAUAAGUACAGCUGUAGUUAUAUUACAUCAGAAACCAACCAGUCGGAAUGGCAUCCAAAUGAUAAGUACAUGUAAAAUCCAAAAUGACUAAAAUCAUCAUUUAACAUAUAUAUGGACACUGAAACCUUUUGUUAUUAUAAUAUUAUUAACUGAAUUAAAGAAAUAGCCAUUUGUAAUUGUACAUUCAAAGAUGAUUAUGGUGCUCAUUGGCGUCACGCAAUCAGUCUGUGGCUUUUUGAACAACCAUCCAUGGAAUCGUGACAGAAAAUCGGCGUUACUUUCAAUUCUCACCAAAUAAGGACAGUAGGAUGAUCUCAUCAUUACCCAAUGACAGGCCAUUUUUCAGCUCUUUUGGUCAUACCCCCCCCCCUCGAGAUAGUUUUGUCAAGUUAGCUAAUUAGUAUGCUCGACAGCGUAAUGGCGGUCCCGUCGACAGAUGCUUCUUUGCUCAAAAAUUGGGGCCAAAUCUUUCGGAAAUGGAAGUAAGGACAUUUCAAAGUAUAAAGAAAGUUACUUGGGACCAGCUGCUGGCUUCUUAGACUGAAAUUAGACAGAAGUAAGCUUUUCCACGUUGUACGUGAUGAACGCCACGUUGCGAAUAAAUUAUUGGCUGUUUGCAUGUCUCGCUCUGUUGUUUGUUUCGUUCUCUUUUGCAGCCUGCUGAGGUCAGUUUUUCGUCUAAAUCACCCAAGAAAAGUUCGAAAAUUAUGUUCCCAUUCAAUUUUCAGCUGUCAGGAAAAAAUUCUUGAUUUUUUUGGACCGAAAAGUCGCGUAUGUUAUGUUCGUGUGAUUCAGUUGCUAUGGGCGACCGUCGCUUCCUUUGUUGCGUAAAGCGAUGAAUCGAGGUCACAAGAAAAAAUUCUAAUUAAUUCUGGUUUUGUCCGAUUUCGCUGAAACUUUAACAUGAUGAAGCUGGAUUGUUAAAGAAUAGAUUUUACUACUGCCAAUGUGUGGUAGCUAUUUACGUGUAAGUGAAAAAACGCUUCAAAGUCAGGGUUUCAAAGAGAUUAUUUUGCAAGGUGUAGGUUUAGCGUGAUUUUGUAAUUAGAGAUUUUUUGACCCUGAAGGAAAAAAUAUCCAGAAAAGGUCACCUCAUCGACGAUUCAAAUAAAUAUAGGUUUAUGUAUGUUCCUCGCACAAUUUCUAGUAAAAAAAAAAUUUUUGAUGUGCGCUAAGGUUUUAAUAUUUUUCGCGCAAAAACGCUCUACGUCAAGGAGUUAUGGUGAAAGCCGAAAAUCUGAGAGGUUUCACGUGUGUUUCGUGAACGCCCACUUACUUUAUUCCAUAAUUUAUUUUGCUAAGUUACACAAUGUAUACAUAAGACCACAUUUAUUGAUUUCUAGAUCAUCAAGCAAACGGUGCAGAAAAUUCUUCACUCAUCAGUACAGUACCAGGUAGGAAUAAAUUAUUCACUUUAGCUUACUUUCAUUUAACAACUUGCAUAUAUAUUUGAAAGUAAUUCAAUCAAAAUAACUUUAGAAAUUAAGGAGACACUGUGGCAGUUUCAUCAGAUGAUCAGCAUGAAAGGCAUUCAAGUUUCAAAUCCUGGAAGCAUUAGUUACCAAAGCCAAAAAAAUUGAAUUGAAUGUUCUCAUAACUAUUGAUAUUGUCCAGCUUAACUGCAGUAAUUGCCAUUUGCUGAAAUUAAGAAAAGGAAGAAAUGCUUAUUUCUACUUUUCUCCAAUGCAGCAGCCAGCGAGACCUUCAGCAUUGCAGAAAGUUACCCACUCAGUAUGCCAAAUCUGGACCCGUAUGAUGCAUCAAAGGUGCAUAAAUCUAAAGUUGUCAUUCCAUGUAACCAAGACAUCUCAAUUGACCGCCAAUCUGGUAUUGUACUGAGAGACCUGUUCAAAAAGCUGAAGCGAGGGGUGUUGGAUACCAGAAAGGUUCCAGACAUAACAUUUGUUGGUGAAGAGGGGAUUGAUGCAGAUGGGCUAACAAAAGAAUUCUUCACCCUCAUCAUGAGUGCGCUGGCCAGUGGCAAGGGGGGCUAUAUCUUAUUUGAAGGAGAAAUUGAUCACCUGGUUCCCGUUAACAGUGAAGAAUUUUAUCAAAGUGGAUUUUUUAAGUAUGCUGGCCAGCUUAUUGGCAUGUCAGUACUCCACAGUAAUGUUGGUCUUCUAGGGCUAUCAAGAGCUCUCACAACAUACAUGGUAACACAAGAUCUUGGGUUGGCAAGCUGUCAUAUGUCAGUGAAAGAUAUUCCUGAUUAUUGCACACAACAGGCUGUGACGGAGGUGUGUUCUGUAAUGGAUCAAUAUAUUUUUGUAAUUAAGCUUUACAAGGCAUAACUAAUCAAUGAUUAAUGGCAUCAAUGACUAAUCAAUGAUUAAUUGAACCCCCCUCCUCCCCCCACAAAAAAUGGACCAGUGAUUACUAUUUGAUGUCAUUGAUUAGUUAUAUUGUCUAGACUUGAGUAUUAUAACACUUGUCAAUUCCUAGAUUAAACUCUUAAGGAUAGUGGUGGUUCUGGUGGUGAUGUUAGAGUGCAAUGAACUGUGGAACCACCUUGACUGUUGUUAUGAUCUUCAAAUGUUUAUUCAAAGAACGAUUCUUAAAAUGGUUACAUUUGUAUGAACAAAAUACAGACCCACUUAUCAGAAUAUAUAUGUGAAAAUAUGAAAACUAUAUGUAAACUGCAAAUGAAAAUAGUGUGAUUUUAGUGAUCUUACCAACUUACUUGUACUAAGCAGUUUACCAUGCACACAGAAUCUUUGAAUUUAAAUUGCUUUCCCAAGUACACUCUAAUAAUAAAUAGUAAUAAUAUAUAUAUCUUCCAUAUUGUAAUCUUCCGCAUUAUUGUAACAUAAGAUAAGUAGUUCUAUCUUUUGAUGAAACAAAGACUUAUUGUUAUUGUUAUUAUUGUUACUGAUGAAGUCUAAGGCUAAGCUAAAAAAUUCUCUUAUGCAUUGCCACCUGACCUGCAUGACUGUACGUGACAGACAAUACUACAAGAAUGCAGUACUUGCUUUGCAUCCUUCAUAUAUUAAGUAACCAUCUUUUUAUUGCUAGCUGCAUGAAGAGAGUGAUCGAGAGAGGCUACAGCAACUCAUGGUGCCUGAUGAUAUAGCCAUGCUGCUCUAUCAGUCCGGCUUUGGGAAUGAACACCUCACAUUGGACACAAAAUGCAAAGCUGUGCAGUAUAUAUUAUUCAACCAAGUAUUUAAAUCACGCCGUGACCAAAUUGAAGCUUUGAUGGCAGGCUUGAAUUCCCUUUGCAUAUUAGAGCUUCUCCGCACCAAUGAAUCUUGCAGAGCCUUGGUGUUCCCACUACAGUCUGAGGUCCAAAACUCAGAAAGUGAUGUUCUUGGGUUGUUAGAUUAUGAAGAUGACCUGUCAGCACAGGAAGAGCAAGUUAAGCUAUGGUUUGAGGAAUAUAUAAAGUUACUCGCAAGAGGUAACUUGAAUGACUUUGCUUUACUUUUUAUUUUAUUCACGAAAUUAAACUUUAUUGGUCUCUGUUUAAAACAGUGGGGACUGGUGGUUAGAAAUUGCAGCUCCCUGUACACCACACUGUCUGAUUGAUAAAUGUAUUUCCCUGUUUAGUAGCCCCCCUACCCAGUACCUGCCUUCCCCUCUCUUCCACUCCCCUGGAAAGUAAUAAACUAAAAAAAAGCCUUCAGGGGUCAUGAAUUAUUGUUUCAGACCAAUUCAGUUCUGCUUAGUUAACCCCAGGUUUUAGUAUAGAUGCACUAAUUGCCACCCAAAAGUGUAUAGCUGUUGUAGUUAAUUUUUCUCUCCGUGUUAUUUUUAGCUUUCUUUUGUUGUUAUGAAUGGUAAUGGCUGUAAAAUAAAGGAGGGCUAAAAAUUACCCGAGAAAGAAAAAUUAACUUCAUUAUAGCCCCCCACCCCAGACAAAAUAACCCCUGGGAAGAGCUGAACAUAUUUUACAUGUAUAAUCAGAUUUUUAUUUGGUUCAUUUACAGGUGACAACAACCAGGAAUCAAACUGCAGUGAAGUUGCAGUCAUUCCAAAGUUGAAUGACCUCAUUCAAUUUAUCUGUGGACACCCCCAUGUUCCAAAAGGCGGUGACUUAAUUCAAGUCAGAUUUACAAGAGCAUUUCUACCCGAUGCUGAGGCCUGUUUUAAUACUAUCAAGUUACCUAGGCACCACCAAGACUAUCUUAGUUUUAGGAAGGCAAUGAAUGUUGCUGUAAACUGCCAGAACCAAGGUUAUGGUCGUGGCUAA